ACCUGGGGGAGCUCGUUGGCUUAUCCGCUUAUGGCCACUCACUCUCUCACACUGCAUCCCCAACCUCCUGCAUCCCCACCAUCGACCCGCCCUCGUCCCAAUGUCGUCCCCCAUCUUUCAUCCUCCUGGGCUCUCUCGUUUUCAAAGUCCCUUCGUCUCUCUUCCGUUGAUCGAACGCAACCGAUCCCCCCACGAGACGUCGUCUCGUGGACCGCCUUCAUCACCCGUCUCGCCCGGCGCAGCCUUCUAGCCGACGCGGCCGCCGCUUUCUCUCGCAUGCUUGCGUCCGGCGUCCAGCCCAACCAUGUCACGCUCGUCACCCUCCUCUCCGCCUGCGCCGACUUCCCGUUGUCUCCCUACGCCCUCCCUCUGGGCCGCGCCCUCCACGCCCAGGCCCUCAAGUGCGGCCCCCCCAGCCGCUGCGGCGUCGUUCACGAGCCGCCUGUCCUCGCCACUGCUCUCGUCGACAUGUAUGCUAAGUGCGGACGGGCGGACCUGGCCCGUGAAGUGUUCGAGCGAAUGCCCAUUAGGAACUUGGUCUCUUGCAACACUAUGAUCGCCGGGUACAUGAGGAAUGGCAAUGUUGAUCAGGCUAUCUCUAUUUUUAACGAAAUGUCAAACAGGGACAAGGUGUCUUGGACAGCAGUGAUCGAUGGGUGCGUCAAGAAUGGCCUCCUGGACGUGGCACUGGAACAUUUUCGAGAAAUGCAACUCUUUGAGAUUGAUCCUGAUUACGUAACUCUCAUUACUGUGAUCGCUGCUUGUGCUGAUCUUGGAGCACUGGCACAGGGCCUCUGGAUCCAUCGCUAUGCUAUGUGCCGAGAUUUCUGGAACAAUGUGAGGCUCGGAAAUUCUCUCAUAGACAUGUACGCGAGAUGCGGGCGCGUGGAUUUUGCUCACCAGCUGUUUGAACGAAUGCCUAAGAGAACUAUGGUUUCUUGGAAUUCAAUGAUUGUUGGCUUUGCAAUCAAUGGGUGCUGCAGGGAGGCUCUUGAGCACUUUGAUAUGAUGCAGAGGGAAGGGUUUGAGCCCGACGGUGUAAGUUUCACGGGUGUGCUUACUGCCUGCAGCCAUGCAGGCUUGGUAGAUGAAGGUUUCAUGUACUAUGAUCUCAUGAGGAAAGCUUAUGACAUUCCUAUGAGGGUUGAGCACUAUGGAUGUGUGGUGGAUCUGCUUGGCCGAGCUGGGCGGUUGGAGGAGGCGAUGCACGUCAUGGAAGUUAUGCAAAUGAGGCCAAAUGAGGUGGUGCUGGGCUCUCUCCUGGCUGCUUGUAGAAUGCAUGGGGAUGUUGGGCUGGCAGAGAGACUGAUGGGAUACAUUGUCGAGUUGGAGCCUGAAUGUGAUUCGAAUUAUGUGCUCUUGUCCAAUAUCUAUGCUGCAGUUGGGAGGUGGGAUGGCGUGGGUGAAGUCCGGAACAAAAUGAAGGCUAUUGGGAUUAAGAAGAGACCCGGGUUCAGUGAAGUGGAGGUUAAUGGUGAUGUUCAUGAGUUUGUGGCUGGAGAUAGGUCACACCCACAGUCCGAUGAUAUUUAUCAGAUGCUUAACUUACUUGGACUUCAAAUGAAGCUAUAUGGCUAUGAUCCAUAAGCUACUGUGGACAUACCAUGGGCCUGUGAGUGAUUCCACUGGAUUUUGAGGAGCACAUGCUCAUCCACAAAGCCAGGAAACAACUUGCUCGCCUACAUGUUGCAGCUGAAGUAUGACAGCCACCAUGGAAGUGGGCGAAGUAAUAUCGCAGGGAACAGAUCCUCUGGAUGCAUCAGUUGCCAUUUUGGGCGAUUGAUUCCCUAGAUAUCUCUGAUGAAGUGGUGGCUGAUAGGCUGAGAUAUCUGGUUAGAAGCAAAGGUGGAGCUACUGCUGGGGAUACACUAAUCGAUAGAUAUAUUUGAAUAUGACUCUGCUUAAGAAAACCAGAUGAAGGAGAACGCUUUCCAGAGGGAAUUUCUACAGAACUUUGUUAGAAAGAUGACACUGGAGGGCAAUGUUUCUGCAGUGGACAUGGUAAUUUUUUCAGAGAUGAACGAAGCCUGCGGGUAUCUGUUUUACCUUAGAACACGUAAAUUCAGAGUUUUUUUGUGGAACGUUUGCCAUGAGUUAAUACACGAUAGAUGCAUAAUUUAAGUCGUCAAGAACCAGUGCUAAAGCAAGAAUUAUAUAUACCAGCCGCCAACACGCGGACAAUGCAUGCGAGUGAUUGCAGUGAGAUUCAUUAUGGUUUAUAGGGCUCCGAAGCAGACCACAUGACAUUAUUUUGGAAAACUGAAAAGGAAGGGGAUCAUAAAGGUGGAGAUGGACUUGCAAGAUGAAAAUGUAAAC